UGUCUCGUCAAAUUGUUAAUUUGAUCGAAUUAAAAGUUAAAACCUGAACCCUAACCGAUUGUCACUCAAACUCGCCGGAAAGAAUGGUGUACACGGCGGUCGCAGUCAAGUGAAAGAAAAAGGAGUAUUUUUUUGUUGUCUGAAUUUAACCAGUCAACAGCUAUUGAUCGUCUUUGUUUUCAGAAAUUCCAAACCAAAAGCCGUCAAUUCCUUCUUCCUUCCUCAUUCCUCCGCCUGCUGCCCCCGGUUACUAGUUCACCACUCCCAAUCACCUUAACAACUCCUUCUUCGGGAAUUCAACUAACAGAUAUAAGUGGGCUUAUAGUUGGUUGCUCUCCGUUUUGUAGAGUCUCAAAGUAUUGUAGCCAUAAAUUGAAACCAAUAUUCGUUGGUUCCAGGGUGUCGCGCUUUCGAUUCUCAUUUAUCCUCUCGUCGAAUAAGUCAACAAGCAGAUAAACUUCUCUUAGUCAGAGUUGGAACCUUAUACUUUUGAUCAAAAUCUAUCUGUGAAAGCAAAGAUGAAGGUUGUAGGGUUAGUCAGUGGUGGCAAAGACAGCUGCUUUGCAAUGAUGAAGUGUCUCCAAUAUGGCCAUGAGGUUGUUGCAUUGGCAAACUUAUUGCCUGCUAACGAUUCUGUAGAUGAGCUUGAUAGCUACAUGUAUCAAACUGUUGGUCAUCAGAUUGUUGUAAGUUAUGCGAAUUGCAUGGGAGUGCCUUUGUUUAGAAGAAGAAUACAAGGAUCCACCAGGCGUCAUGACCUUAGCUACAACAUGACUACUGGUGAUGAAGUAGAAGACAUGUUUAUUUUGUUAAAAGAAGUCAAAAAGCAGAUUCCUUCUGUUACAGCAGUCUCAUCUGGUGCAAUUGCUUCUGAUUAUCAAAGAUUACGGGUAGAAAAUGUUUGUUCAAGAUUAGGGCUCAUAUCUCUUGCAUAUUUAUGGAAGUUGGAUCAAUCAUUGCUCCUACAGCAAAUGAUUGAAACUGGGAUUGUUGCCAUCACAGUAAAGGUUGCAGCUAUUGGUUUAGAUCCUUCAAAGCACUUGGGAAAAGAAAUGUCAUACCUAUGGUCACACCUUCUUAAGUUAAAUGAGUUAUAUGGAAGUAACGUAUGUGGUGAAGGGGGAGAAUAUGAAACAUUGACACUUGAUUGUCCCCUGUUUAAAUAUGCUCGAAUUGUUCUAGAUGAAUUCCAACUUGUACUUCAUGAUUCGAAUUCCAUAGCUCCUGUGGGAAUCCUUCACCCCGUGUCAUUCCAUUGUGAAGAUAAACCAAAAUCUGAUUCUGUGAGUGAUACUAACAGUAACAGUAACGGUUUUUGUUUGGAGAAUAUGGGGUCUGUAAUUGAAGUACAAAGUGAAUCUCUAGAAACAGUGGAAAACAAAUGUCAUCCAUCUCAUUCUCAUGUUCCCUUGGAUUUAUCUCAACUUGAAACACGUAAACUUCAUACUUCAAGAACUAGAAAAGACAACACUUUCUCCAUAUCUUGUUGGCUGCAAGACUCAGAAACUUCAGUAGAUCUUAAGGAGGAUCUGAAGAUGAUUUUACUGAAGAUUGAAUCAGAGGUUAAUGAAGCUGGUUUUUCAUGGGAGAAUGUGGUUUACAUUCAUCUGUAUAUCUCAGAUAUGAACAUGUUUGGUAUUGCAAAUGAAACAUAUGUGAAUUUUAUAACUCAAGAAAAAUGUCGAUUUGGUGUCCCAUCCCGUAGUACAAUUGAGCUUCCUUUGUCAGAAGCUGGUCUAGGAAGGGCAUAUGUGGAAAUUCUGGUAACAAAUGAUCAAAGUAAAAAAGUUCUUCAUGUGCAAAGCAUCUCUUCGUGGGCCCCUAGUUGUAUCGGACCAUAUAGCCAGGCGACAUUGCAUAAAGAGAUACUCCACAUGGCUGGUCAAUUAGGGUUUGACCCUCCAACCAUGACAUUAUGUGGUGGGGGCCCCAUUGGUGAAUUAGAACAAGCUCUUGUAAAUAGUGAAGCUAUUGCAAAAUCAUUCAACUGUUCAAUAAUGACAUCAGCCAUACUGUUUGUCAUUUACUGUUCCAAGUCUACUUCAAAAUUGGACAGAAUCAGUCUCCAAGAAAAGCAGAAUUCAUUCCUUAAUCAGACAAAGCGAUUGCUCAAUCCAGUUUUCUUGUAUGUUCUUGUCCCUGAUCUCCCAAAAAGAGCUUUUGUGGAAGUGAAGCCCAUGCUCUUUGUUGAGGAUAAUAAUAAUACUGAAACUGAGGAAGUUGUUAAUGAUCUGAAAUAUGAAGAGAAUCAUUUUGAUUCGUGUUUUAAACCAGAAAAAUGGCAUGAUGAAUGUGUUCAGACGUGUCUUGUACAUGACAGAAUAUGUGCAGUUGUUUUAUCCAUUACAAGUGAAAAUUUCAACUGUUUUAAUGUUGACAAUGCUGAGGAGAAAAUGGGAAAAGUUGCAAAAUUUUGCAUAUAUCGUCUUGAUAAAGUCCUCUCACAGAACUACUACUCUUGGGACGAUGUAACGAAUUUGAGAAUUUACUUUCCAACAAGUUCCAACAUUUCCCAUGAAAAGUUAUCACUCAUGUUCAAAACUAGAUUUGAUGAAUUUGCUGAAACAACAAAAAGAUUGAAGAUUUGUAAUGAACCCAUCUUCAAUAUUGUGCCUGUGAUUGGGGCAGGGAGUUGUGCAACUUCCAUGGAUGAUAUAAUCACAUGUGAGCUACUUGCUAGAAAAUCUUGAUAGAUAUUAAUUAUGAUAUGCUAUAUCAAUUUUCUUUUUGUUCUAUAUGAAGGGGAAAAUUAUAGCUAUUGUGAGGGUUAUUUAUGUGAAAAUUCACAUUUUAUAAUUACUAGAAGUAAUGUAAUGUGUGGUAUUUUAAGCUUGGAAAAUGUUACCACGAACACCAAAAGAUCCACGGAUUAUCUGGUUGUAGAUUGAUUAGUGAGUAGUUGAAAUUGUGGCGUUUAUCACAUGUUUGUUUCUUGAUAAUUGAAAAAAAUUCCUAAUUAUAUGUA